UCGGUCACAUGCGGAUGCUGUAACGAGAGACAGCUCCAGAAAUGGCGACGUGCGCCAAGAUGAUCUUCGCUGCUAGACAUCUGCACAGAAAGUCAGCUCUGGCUGUAAAACUAAACUGGUCCGGGGCAUUCAGGACCGGCAACAGCCGCCCCUUCCUGACCGACACAUCAGCCCUGAGCCGGCUCCAGUCUCCACAGUCCUUCUCUAACGUUCCGGUCAGCACAGCAAUGACAGCGGGCUGCAGGCUGACCGUCACCCGUCACCGGUGGAUGCGGGUCGGACUCGUUCUCCGUGGCCAAACCGAUUUCCUCACACCGACCUCUCGACCCUAUAUGAUUCAGGACAGAAUGUUCGGGAACCGGGUAGGCGACGCGGGCUUCUCGGGGGAGGACGGCGGGGACAGUGCGGGCUCUGGGGGAGAAGAGUCUGGGGGAGAUGGGGGGGUGCCCUAUGGACCCCAGAUGACCGCCCUCACCCCCAUGAUGGUCCCAGAGGUGUUUCCUAAUGUGCCGCUGAUCGCUGUGAGCAGGAACCCAGUGUUCCCCCGCUUCAUCAAGAUCAUAGAGGUAAAGAACAAGGCACUGAUGGAGCUGUUGAGGAGGAAGGUUCGUCUGGCUCAGCCGUAUGCUGGCGUCUUCCUGAAGAGAGAUGAUCAGUAAGUCUCAUCUGCUCUAGUCAUUGAUGGUCGAGUUCAUACAUGCCUGAGAAAAAGAGCUGUAGUCCUCGACCGUCCCAUGUUACUGUUACUGGCUUUAACUGCUAAAACCUCAUGUGAAUGGAACAUCUGGGCUCCUUUAAUUAGAGGUGAGAAUCACCAGCAGCCCCACGAUGCUAUAUUACCACCAUACUUGAGUCACAGUACCAUUUUAUUUCCAUGUAUUGUGAUUUAUUACUGGAAAUGAUGCAGUUUGUGAACAUCUGUUUCAUCGAUGAGAUAACAUGUUCAUUGGUUCAUCUCACUUCAGUGAUUUUUAUUGCAGCACAAUGGUUUUGUCAGUGUUAUGACCAACACUGUCAAAACAACUCUUCAUUCAUUUCAUCAUCAUCAAACUGUACUGCUUGUAUUAGUCUACAUCAGGGGUCACUAAUAGGCGGACCUGGUCCGGACACCGAUGUAUCCGGAUCCUGGACCAACAACUGAUAGAUAAUUAAGAAUUAUUUCAUUUUGACGCAGAGCUUCUAUUUUAACUGGCACACCUUUACUAUCCUUUACGUUCAGUGGUCCAGGAAACACAGCAACCAAUUCAUUGGAUUGUACAUCAUCUCACGUGAGUUGAAGUGUAGACUUGUUUGAUCCAUUGAAUUAAAGCUGAAAGUCUUCACUUCAACCACAUAUUGACUGAUUAGGUUCAAAUCCACUGGAGCCGUGUAAAGAGGCAACAUUAGAAAGAUUGUGUCACAGUCCGGAUACCUCUGGCCCUGACUGUGUGUGCAGCGUAUUCUAUCCUUUGUCUUUUUAAGUCUGCCUGUGAACCACUUUGAUGCUCGCUUUGAUAAGUUCUAUAUAAAUAAGCUUUGUUAUUAUCAAUCACACAAGAUAUGUUUUCAGAUCAAACCUUUGUUGCACAAUAUGAGAUUAAUAGCCAACAAUAUAGCGUUAAAUAUUACAACUACACCGAAAAAUAGGAUUUUCUACAAAAGGUGGUGUUUGUUGUCAAAAUGAAGAGCCAAUCAGUUAAUAGAUCUAUCAGUCAUUGACCACGUGUGCAUGAUGUCAGAGCAGAGACACAAAUGUAACCAGCAUGCAUCGCUGGUGAUCCGUCUCAAACAAGCCUAUUCUGGCCUUUUUAAAGUGUCUUCAAUUAAAUAUGACGUAUGUGACAUCUGUCCAUUGUUUUGUUAUACUGCUAUAUCUUAUGAUCUCUGUCAGAUGAGCACAACCAGUUCAUGACAACUUAUAUAUUUACUAUUAUUUU